UUCGUUUUCGGACUCGGACAUUGAGACUAUACAUACGUGUUCGGGUACAUCCGUACUUAGUAGUGUAUGGAGGCGAAUGUCAAUGCGACUCCUUGUCUCGAUAUAAAUGCACACUUUGGUCGCUGCAAGUGAUACAACCAUUACUUGGCCUAAUUCUCGUUAGGUCGUCUGGUUUCCCCUUUUCUUUGCCACAGAGUCGGGCCCGUCGCGCAGCAUCGAACGAGCGCAAAAAGUCCGCCGGCGCAUCUGCAACAUCUCGGUUCCCCGUUAUUAUUAAUUCCCGCUCAUUCUACACCACCCGACCUCGUUCGCCCGCCGACAAUUUUUUUUUCUGUCUCACCAGACAUCCGGCUAGAACCUUCAACUUCAACAAGAUGUCCUUCUCGAGCCUCGUGCAAGAUCUAUCGCUGCGCGACUCGAGCGCACCGCGGAGGCGCGGCGAAGCCUCGGUAUCUACGGUCGACGACCGCGCGUCCCACAUCUCCAUGGCCAAGUCGUACACGAGCACCGCUGCCACAAGUGUGAGCAUUUCCGGAGACAUUGGGAGCCAGCUCCAUGCCGGUUACUCGCAUCCGCUCGCGAGGUCAUGGCAGGCCGAGCGUCAACUUACCAAGUCGAUGCUCAUCUACCCCAUCUUCGUCUCGGACCAGGACGACGAGGAGGUCCUCAUCCCUUCCCUGCCGAACCAAUACCGGCGCGGAAUCAACCGAUUGGUCCCCUUCCUCGAGCCCCUCGUCCACAAGGGCCUGCGGUCCGUCAUCCUCUUCGGCGUGCCGCUGAAGCCGGGCACCAAGGACGCGCUGGGCACGGCGGCCGACGACCCGGAGGGCCCCGUGAUCCGCAGCAUCCGGCUGCUGCGGCAACGCUUCCCGCACCUCUACAUCGUCGCCGACGUCUGCCUGUGCGAGUACACGUCGCACGGCCACUGCGGCAUCCUCCGCGACGACGGCAGCCUCAACAACCAGCUCUCGGUCGACCGCAUCUCGGACGUGGCCGUGGCGUACGCGCGGGCCGGCGCCCACUGCGUCGCGCCCUCCGACAUGAACGACGGCCGCAUCCGCGCCAUCAAGCUCAAGCUGAUCGAGGAGGGCAUCGUGCACAGCGUGACGCUCAUGUCGUACGCCGCCAAGUUCUCCGGCUGCCUCUACGGGCCCUUCCGCGACGCCGCCGGCUCGACGCCCUCCUUCGGCGACCGCCGCUGCUACCAGCUGCCUCCCGGCGGCCGCGGCCUCGCCCGCCGCGCCAUCAUCCGCGACAUCAACGAGGGCGCCGACAUCAUCAUGGUCAAGCCCGCCGGCCAGUACCUCGACAUCAUCGCCGACGCCAAGGAGCUCGGCCGGGACCUGCCCAUCGCCGCCUACCAGGUCAGCGGCGAGUUCGCCAUGAUCCACGCCGCCGCCAAGGCCGGCGUCUUCGACCUCAAGUCCAUGGCCUUCGAGAGCACCGAGAGCAUCCUCCGCGCCGGCGCCACCAUCGUCAUCAGCUACUUUGUCCCCGAGUUCUUGGACUGGCUGUCCAACUAACCAAGGGUCCAACGGGCUUAGCGAGCCGCGGUUUUUUUUUUUGGGCGUUUCAGGAGUCUGGGCGAGCGUAGGCUGUGUCAUUUUCUUUUCUUUAGAGGGGUCAAAAAAACUGUGAGGGACAUCAUCAGGGCAGCUGCCGAUUCCUUGUUUCUUCUUGUGCUAUAGACCUUUUCUUUAACCCCUCCUCAACGAGACUUGUUGGCCCGGGCGGUCUGGCCGUUUCCACAGGGCUCCGGUAAUUGAUAUCUCCGCUUUCUUCCUCGUUCAAGCCCGGGCCUUUGUCCGUGAUCGCAUUGGGCCGCGGCAAGAUGAAACCUUGGGACUCUCCUUCGGGCCAGGAAACGACGUGUUUGAAAAAAGUAUAUACAGGUUUAUAUAUUAGCCGACCCGGACGGGAUUCCCACUUCCCUUGCCCCGAGUAAAACUACGCCCCUAGGUAGGACA